CUGCUCAGGGACGAGUGGCACCAAAAAAGUGCUUGAACUUGGACGACCAACCCGAAGGUUGCUGGCCGGUCGAUCCUUUGCUCGUUGGGUCUGUGGGUCUGUGGGUCGGUCGUGCCAAGAGUGAGUAUCGUCCAUCCAGUAUCGAGCUGAAUUAGUCGUCUCACUCCCUGAGAGCGUACGUAUGAACGUAUGUGUGCUAGCGGCCUAGAGCGAGAGAUAGCCAAGAAUCGGGAGAGGUGAAGCCAGGAACAGAACAGAGGGCACAUUACCAUCACCACCACCCUUGGCCAAGGUGGCUCUGCUACCGUUUGUGACAUCACAUAUCCAUUGGUUGAGGCCAGGAAAGACCCACCUCCCCCCUCCCCAAAACUGGCUGGCCAAAAGAGGCAGCGGCUUUGUGGAUUGGGCAGAAUAAUCCGUGCCUCCCCAAUGUUCGUCUGCCUGUGCAAAUGGUUUUUUGAGUGGAAAAGAGAGUAAGCCUGGAAACCUUUGGGGCUCGUCUCUGGGAAGUCGUGUGCGGUGGGCGUUUGUUUCUAAUGCCAAUAAUAACGACAACACCAAACUGGUUCGAGUCAGUGGCCACGGGUCCCAUUAGUCAAUGAAUCAGUUGCCAAAAUGUGCGGCUCCACCCUAGGUGCUUAAACUGUUCCGCGAUUUCGUGUAGACGUAGUGAGUGGUUGCAUCCAGUGUCAAAAUGGGAAACCAAUCCUCCCAAAUGGGUGGACAACCCAUUCCCCACGCGACCGAACGGACUCGACCUCUUCAAGGCGAUGAGCCUCUCGAAGCGUACAUGAAGGAACAGAAGCGCGAUGAACACCUCAAGAACUUGGGGUUCAAGCGUUCCAAAUCAUUGAGGAAAUCCAUCAGCAAGCGGUUGAAGCGCAAGAACAAACGGCGGGGCUCGGAUGAACCCGAUGCGGGGCCCUUGCCCAAUACCAAAGCUGAGGAUGAUGCCGAUGACACGAUGGAGACCGGUAGUAUUGGAGGCGGAGGAGGCGGAGGAGGAGGUGCCAAACGGGGUGGAGAGGUGCAACGAAAGCCAUUCAAAGAGAAAGAUCGGAUUCCCUCCGUGGAGCGGUUGGACCGGGCGGACUUUCCGGAAGCCGCCCGAAGACAGAAACCCAUUGUGGGCAAUCUAGAGCCCUUACCCACUCAUGUUCAGGAAUUGGCAGACCGCCCCUCCCGUCGAAUGGAUCGACUGCGGCGAAGUCUCCGCUCAAGCUUGAAGCGGAAGAAGGCGGAUCGUGAUCAUGGGGGAGGAGGUGGAGUGGGAGGGUCCAAUCAGCCAGCCUCGUCCAGUGGAUCGGGUGGUGGAAGUUCCAUGCCCAAUGGGGACGGUUCCAAGCCUGAUUCAUGGCAACAGGACGAGGUGGCUGUCCGGUCGGGGACUUGCAACUAUCGGGUCAAGUAUCUCGGCUGUGUUGAGGUUUUCGAGUCCCGUGGAAUGCAAGUCUGCGAAGAAGCUGUCAGAGUUCUUAAGAAUUCCAAAAGGAAGUCCGUCCGAGCCAUUCUGUACGUGCACGGUGAUGGGUUGAGAGUCGUGGACGAGGAGACCAAGGGUCUGAUUGUGGAUCAAACUAUUGAGAAAGUCUCGUUCUGCGCCCCGGAUCGAAACUUUGAGCGGGGCUUCUCCUACAUCUGCCGAGAUGGAACCACCCGAAGAUGGAUGUGUCACGGGUUCAUGGCAGUCCGCGAAUCCGGCGAACGAUUGAGCCAUGCUGUGGGUUGUGCUUUUGCCAUUUGUUUGGAGAAGAAACAAGAGCGAGACAAACUGUGUGAGGUCUCCAUGAAAUUCGACAAAAACGAUGCCUCCUUCACCAGAUAUGGAAGUUUCAGACAAGCCACACUCACAGAGAGACUCCAAGAUCCACAGGGAAUCAAACCCCCCAAUGAACGACCUCCGUUAGAGCCCAUCGAGAAUCCGUUUGCCAUAGCCCGACCUCACGCCACGGAUCUGAUGCUCCAACGACAGACCUCGUUCCGCGGUUUCAAUCAACUUCAAGCGGCCUCAUCACCUUUUAAGCGGAACUUGUCGCUCCGUUUGAACGAGCUACCCUCCACUUUAGAGCGUCAACGUUUGGGUCACUCCGGACUCUUGAGCUCCUCGAGUUCGGCCAAUUCCGGACUGACCAAUGGGCAAGCCCAGGCACACUCUUCAGUGGCCUCGACCGAAUUGGACGAUAUCGAAUUGGGACCUGUCCUCGAGGAGAUGAGCCAACAACAGACUGUUCUCGGAAAUGGCCAUAAUAAUGUCAAUCUUCUCAAGAACCAAUUGAGCCACUUGUAUCAGAUGUCACAAAAUCAAAAACAAGAUGGCAAUCCGUUUUUGGAAGCGAAAUUUGCGUCCAACUUCGGCCCCAUCGACGAGGAGGAAGCGAUCGAGGACGAGGAGCCCCCACUCGAUGUGGACCCCAUCAGUUCCAUGUGUCAACAAUUGUCUCAGGAGCUCUCCACUUUAGCCCGAAGUUCGAAGGAAUCCGAUUUCGAGCUCAGUAAACGAAGUGCCAGCUCCAACUCGAACCCUCCACCCCACACCAACCCCGUGCACGGAAAUGGAUCACACGAGUCCCAGUCAUUGCCGUAUUUCCAUCCGGAGGCCAGCCCGUCAGACCUAAAUGGAUCUGUCAACGGCGACGACACCGCAUUUUCCAGCUCGUCCAAAUCUUCAGCCCAAUUAGGAGUGGGUGGCGGCGUGGCCGGGACUACGAAGUCGGUGCCCUUCUCCAACCCUUGGGAUUUCGUCCCGGAUCAGCCCAACAAGAACGGACCCUCUUCACUUAACUGUGAUUCCAGCUCAGGGAUUUCGAGCGUGUCCGGGAAUAGCAAUAGCUUCAGUACGAACAAUAACCCUUCGUCUUCGAAUGGCGGAGGGCAGGGAGGUCAAAGUAGCGCCUUCUUCACCAGCCCCAGCCAGGAGGAUUGGAGCUACUCAAAGACCUCGGGCAAGGCCGAGGAUCUGUGGGGCGAGGCUGACAAGUCCGCCAUUUUGGACGACCCAUUUGAUGCGGAAUGGGCGGCCUUGGCCACGAGAAACAACUCGAAGAACGCCACCACCACCACCAUGACUGGAGCCACUUCGACCGCAUCGACCCCAACUAACCCGUUCCGGACAUCGCCGAGUGAUAAUAACCCUCCAGCUAAUAAUAGUAUCAAGACCUUUGAAAUGAAGAUGUAAGGCGUCCGAACGACACUCAGCAUCACAUUGCUGUUCAGUGAUAAACAUCCGAGUUUCCUCCUCCCCUCAUAUCAAUCCUCUAUGUCGAUCAGACGCGGUUUGAGUUUUAGCCCUUGGUUCAUCUUUCCCCCACCCCCCGAAUAAUUUUUACUCGUGUCCCGCUUGUAAUAUCUUUAUUACCAACAACUAGAACUAUAACUUCCACAUUAAUUAUUGCCAUGUUUCCCCAACCUCCUCCCGGAACUGCUAUCGCGUCUAUCAUUCAACUUUGAAGAUGGCAUGAUCCCGAAUCACACAAUGGACAUAGAAUAUCAAGAAUCAGUGUGUACUCCUUUAUAAGAAUGUUAGAAUAACUGAAGAGGUUUUACAAGAAAUCCAUGCCAAUUGCUAGCUUGAAAUAAAUAAUAUAUCAUUAUAA